GAAAAUGGAAGCAAUUAGUAUCGGUUGAACUUGACACUAAGGAAUACUAUAAAUUUCAAUCAAUAAUUGCUAGUUGUUUUUGUAUUAUUUUUUUUCGCUUUGUUUAUUAGAAUUUCAAAUAUCAUUACGUGUUUUUGUUUCUGAUCGCAUUAGAUCCAAUUUUAGGCAGAUUUUCAAAGCGGAACCAUCAAAAAUUCGUAUGACGAGUACGAAACAGAUAGAUUCACACGCAUUCUCACGAUAACGGUUGCACUGAUAACAGCGUUCACACUGAAAUUGAGCUACACAACAAGCGCUUCUGUCGACAUAUACACACUAAGUGACUGAACAACAUGGAAUAAUUAAUCAGCUGGUCGUCUGUGUGUGUCCCGAUCGCUCGCCUUUUCUUCUUGCCCUAUGCUGUGCCAUUCGUCAUAGUUUGUGCUCAAACAAAAAUGUGUGUGAUUCGUACAAAAAAACAUAUUUAUCAUCAAGAGCGAUUGAAUUAACGGCGAAACGCAACAAUAUGAUUGUAUGAGUACAAUAAAUUGUCGUCGUCGUCGUAGUUGUUGUUGUUGAUAGAUUGAUACGACCAUUCUCUCUCUCUCCCUCUCACUCGCCUGGCAAUUCCAUACCACAUAUGGAAUGUUUCGGAAAUGUUUCGUCACUUUGAAAUACACAGUGGUCGAGCGAACCACGGUGCAAGUGCAAACGUACUGAUACAACUGGAGUACAGAACAGAAAACAGAAACAAUAUUUUGUGUAGUAGUUCGUUUGUGACCGCAGAACUCGGAGCAGUUGUUAAUAUUUUACUGUGCAAAACGUGUGAUAGUGCCCAUGAUUUUUAACGGAUAUUGAUUCGAUUUGGAAAAUGUACGACUGAAAUGGAGUGUGUGUUGCAAGUUGUUUUCUCUUCUGAAUUAAAAAAAAUCACCUAAUCCUUCAAAUCAAUAGCUUUUUCUAUACACUUGAUACUUUUCUGCAACUCCAUUUCCGUCGUUUGCAAUUGAAACAAUCAAGUAGUUCUUUUUCUGUUGCUGCUCACACGAAAAUCAAAUCGACUACGAUUCAGCACUGUGUAGUGAAUGUGUUUGAUAUUUCGUGCAUUGCAUUUUUUUAAAAUGUCGAAAACAACUUAUUUACGUGAUGAACAUCGAAGGGGCUUUGAUAAUUAUAAGUACAGCUGUGUGGACACCAGUUUCCUUAGCCGAAAUAUUAUGCACCCAUUUUGGAAUUAUUUGGUUCAAUUCUUUCCACGAUGGGUGGCUCCAAAUUUGAUAACCUUCACUGGAUUUCUUUUGACCAUUGUGAACUUUCUAUUGAUUGGAUACUAUGAUUUUAAUUUCAAUGCUGCUAAUGACCACAGCAAAAGUGUUAUACCUGACUGGGUUUGGAUUGUCGCAUCGAUUAAUAUAUUUGUUGCGUACACUUUGGAUGGUAUCGAUGGUAAGCAAGCUCGUCGAACCGGUACGAGUGGACCUUUGGGGGAAUUAUUCGAUCAUGGUGUCGAUUCAUAUUCCGCAGCACUGAUCCCAAUCUAUAUGUUUAGCAUAUUUGGAACAGAUCAAAUCUCACCGCUGCGUAUGCAUUUCAUCAUAUGGAAUGUGUUCCUCAACUUUUAUCUGACACAUUUCGAAAAAUACAAUACUGGAGUGUUGUAUCUACCCUGGGCGUACGAUUUCACCAUGUGGGGCGUAACCAUUGUUCUGAUGAUCACCGGCAUUUUUGGAAUUGAAAUGUGGAGAUUUACACUGCCAGGUGGAUAUACGCCAGCCUUUGCUUUCGAGAUGACUUUAUACAUUAGCGGUUUAAUAUCAAGCCAUCCGUUUAUCAUCUAUCGCAUUAUCGUGUCAUAUACAAAACGAACGGGCAAAAUGAGACCGUUCAUUGAAGCGGUUCGACCAUUGUUUCCCUUUGUCUUAUUGUUUAUCAUCACCACCAUAUGGGUGAUAUUUUCAAGAAACAACAUUUUGUCAAGGGAACCGCGAAUACUCUUUCUCCUCUUUGGAACCAUCUUUUCCAAUAUUAGUUGCCGCCUUAUUGUCGCUCAGAUGUCUGAUACACGAGCCGAUGGAUUCAAUCAUUUGAUAUGCCUGGUCAUAAUAGUUUUUGGAUUAUCAGUUGCACCACUCGACAAAUUCGAUGCCAACAUUACAAUCGAUCCAGACAUCGAGAAAACUCUUGUGUACUGUUUAGCUGCUAUCGCAACUCUAAUGCAUUUUCAUUUUGGUUAUGGGGUGGUCCGCGAGAUGUGCGAUCACUUCAAGAUCCGAUGCUUCAAAGUAAGAACAAGAACAGAUGGCAAAGAAACGCAUGACAAACUCAACUAACAAGCAUGUUUACGUUUAAGUGCAUGAAAAAAAAAAUUGAUAUCGAAACCAGUAUAUAUGUAUACAUAUUUAUAUAUAUUUAAAGUGUGAAAUACAUUUAGGCAUUAAGUUGUGUCUUAUUGUUUCUUAAAUUAAGUGAUUAUUAUUUAUUUCUAAAAAUAGCUGACAAACUUAAGGGGCAAAUUGAUUGCAUAACAAAAUUUGAACACUGUAAAUCUUGAUUCAAUUUUAUAGAUCUAAACGUUGUGACGACAAUACCUUCACUCAUCUCGAUAAAAAAAAAUGUGAUUUUGUUCGUGUAAAAAGUGUCAAGUUUGUAAAAAAAAUGGUUUGCAUGAGAUCAUAUGAACAAAAUAUUACUGGGCAACUUUGUGAUCAAUUUACUCAUUUGUUAAACGAUACCGUUUUCUUUGAUUUCCACUUACAGAUUCCACCACAGCCACCGCAAUCAAUUAGUAUCUAAGUCAAUGUGUAAUUUAAUGAAUGAAACUAUACCAAAAUGUAAUGAAUAAAUUCGAAUCCUGAUUUUAUUUCA